AUGGAACCGAAACGCGUUAUCGUCACCGCCACCGUCACCGUCGCUGUCACCGUUUUCUUACUCUUCUCCAUCGGAGUUCUUGCUACUCUUACCGGUUUUUGGGGUGGGGCUCGCUCUGGAACGUUGGUGUCGUUUUCAUUCUUGUUUGGAUUUGAGGAAGCAACUAAUUUCACACUCGUUCGUACUCCUCAUCGUAAACUUCUUCCGAAUCAUGCAACUGAGGCUGAGAGGGUGGAACCAAACAGAAUAUGGGGUGAGAAAUGCACGAAAUCAGACAUUGUGAUAAACCAAGGCUCAACAGCACCACUCCCGAGUGGAAUACCAACAUACACAGUAGAAAUCAUGAACAUGUGUGUAAGUGGAUGUGACAUUUCUGCUAUACAUCUUCGAUGUGGCUGGUUCAGCUCAGCACGUCUCAUCAAUCCAAAGCUCUUCAAACGCCUCCGUUACAAUGACUGCCUUGUCAAUGAUGGCAGACCAUUAGUCAAUGGUGCCACUGUUUCUUUUCAGUAUGCUAAUACCUAUCUCUAUCCUCUCUCUGUUUCAUCUGUAGUAUGCGUUUGA